CUUCCGGGUGAGCCGCCCCGCCCCCACGUGGGACCCGGAGCCUGGAGUCGGGAGACCGCGGUGGCUGCGCCAGCGGUUCGGAGCUCUGGCGAGUCAGAGCUGAGUCCCAGCACACAACCCAGGAGCCUUGAUUGCAUCCAGCUGACACCCUUACCAUGCAGCCCCAGUCGGUUCUGCACAGUGGGUAUUUCCACCCACUGCUUCGGUUCUGGCAGGGAGCCAACACCACCCUCAGUGCCUCCAACCUCAUCUACCCCAUCUUUGUCACGGAUGUUCCUGACGACAUCCAGCCCAUCGCCAGCCUCCCAGGAGUGGCCAGGUAUGGAGUGAACCGGCUGGAAGAGAUGCUGAAGCCACUGGUGGAAGAUGGCCUACGCUGUGUGCUGAUCUUUGGUGUCCCCAGCAGAGUUCCCAAGGAUGAGCGGGGCUCCUCAGCAGACUCCGAGGAAUCCCCAACUAUAGAGGCAAUCCGGCUGUUGAGGAAGACCUUCCCUAGCCUCCUGGUGGCCUGUGAUGUCUGCCUGUGCCCCUACACCUCUCAUGGUCACUGUGGGCUUCUGAGUGAGAAGGGAGCUUUCCAGGCUGAGGAGAGCCGCCAACGGCUGGCUGAGGUGGCACUUGCCUAUGCCAAGGCUGGAUGUCAGGUAGUAGCCCCGUCGGACAUGAUGGAUGGGCGCGUGGAGGCUAUCAAGGAGGCCCUGAUGGCACACGGACUUGGCAACAGGGUAUCAGUGAUGAGCUACAGUGCCAAAUUUGCUUCCUUUUUCUAUGGACCUUUCCGGGAUGCAGCCCAGUCAAGCCCAGCUUUUGGAGACCGCCGCUGCUACCAGCUGCCCCCUGGAGCCCGGGGCCUGGCCCUCCGUGCAGUGGACCGGGAUGUUCGGGAAGGAGCCGACAUGCUUAUGGUAAAGCCAGGAAUGCCCUACCUGGACAUUGUACGGGAAGUGAAGGACAAGCACCCUGAGCUCCCACUUGCUGUGUACCAUGUGUCUGGAGAGUUUGCCAUGUUGUGGCAUGGAGCCCGGGCUGGGGCCUUUGAUCUCAAGGCUGCCGUGUUGGAGGCCAUGACCGCCUUCCGCAGAGCAGGUGCUGAUAUCAUCAUCACCUACUACACACCUCAGCUAUUGCAGUGGCUGAAGGAGGAGUGACAGAGAGGACAGGACUCAAGAGCCAGACUUUGAGAAGGUUCCCAGAGCCAUGGAGAUGUGAAAACCAAAGUAAAUGCUGCUGUUUGAACUGUG